AUGGCCGGCCCACCACCCCCCGUAUCCUCGCCCCUCUCCGCGAUCGGCAACACCCCCGUCGUGCGCCUCAACAAGGUCGUCCCAGACAACCAUGCAACGGUCUACCUAAAACUCGAAUCGCUCAACCCAACAGGCUCAUACAAAGACCGCAUGGCGAAAUCCAUGAUCGAAGAAGCCGAGCGGCGGGGAACGCUGAAGCCCGGUAUGACCGUCGUCGAAGCGACGGGCGGAAGUACAGGCGGCUCGCUCGCCUUUAUCUGCGCGGUCAAGGGGUACAAAUUCAAAGUCGUUUCGUCGAAUGCCUUUGCCGCGGAGAAAUUAAAGACGAUGGCUGCGUUUGGGGCCGAGGUUAUUAUCGUUGAGAGCGACAAGAUUACCCCCGACCUGUUCCCGAAUAUGCUCAAGCUCGCGAAGGAGAUUGCCAGCGAGGAUGGGCACUAUUAUACGAGCCAGUUUAGUAAUGCGGAUGCGCUGCCUGGGUAUGCGACGCUGGGCGAGGAGUUGGCGGUGCAGUUUCCCAACGGGAUUGAUGCGUUUUGCGGCGCGGCGGGGAGCGCGGGGAUGAUUAUGGGGGUUUCCAAGGUGCUCAAGUCGAAGUGGCCUGAUACCCGGGUUGUGAUUCUUGAGCCUGCUUCUGCGCCUGUUAUCAGCGAGGGUCGGAUGGGUGGUUCUCAUAGCGUUGAAGGGGUCGGGCCUGGAUUUGUCCCGCCGCAUCUGGAGAAGGAGUUGUAUGAUGAUGCAUGGGGGGUCUCCGAGGACGAGGGGCGCGCUAUGUGUCGACGGCUUGCGAGGGAGGAGGGGCUGCUUGUUGGCACUUCGACGGGACUUAAUGUUGUCGCGGCGAUUGCGCUUGCAAAGGAACUCGGGCCUGGCAAGACGGUUGUUACUGUUGCGGUCGAUACCGGAUUGAAGUACAUGAACGGAAAUCUGCUCGCUGAUUCCUAG